CCCAAACCCUACCCUCCAAAAUCUAAACGAGAGCACCCAAAAUCAUCUAAGGAAAACUGAUACAGGUUGUAAGGAAGGCAAUGAUUAGAAGAGCCCAGUGGUUGUAGGAGCGACAAAAGUUGAACAAAAUCCUUGUUUGUUUCAUUUUUGUAAAGGUAAGAUAUUAUUAUUCCAUUAAGAAGAAAUGACCAACGAUCCAGAGAAGAUGUUUCAUUCCAUCAUGGACAAGCUCUUCCACUCCAGGUUUUCUUUUUUCUAUUUUUUUUAAGUUUUAACCACUGAUUUGUUUGAUGAAACUUGAAAUUUCAAUUAAAUCUCAUCACUACUACUAUUUUUUUGUAUAUAAAAUGUAUUUGUAAUUGUAAUUAAUGGGUAAUCCAUCGCCACCGGGAAUGAGAAUGGGGAGACAAUAACAAUUAUUAGGAGCGAAGAAACACCCAAAUCCAACGUAUUCUCAUCGCCUCCGACCCACAACAAAAUUGAAAAGAAAAGCAAAAAGAUGAGCUCCGACGACCUGAACCAAACCGGUCUUGUGAUAACGUUGACCGAAUCCAUUCGAUCGUUUCUCCUCUCCAUCUCCGACGACCCGCGUCUCUCUCAAGAGCUUCAAGAACUCGCUCUCGCUCUUUCCUCGGCAACCGAUGCAUCGUACAAGCAGAUUCGAAGCUUAUGGAUCCAGUCAGAUGUUGAGGCUAGGCCCGGAUUGAUUUCUCUUUUCUCUGGAUCUAAUUUCGUUUUCGCCAGCCCUAAACCCAGAGAGAAGAGUGAAGAAUUGAAGGAGAGGUUAAGGAAGCUUAAAGAACAAGCAGAGAGGAGAGAGUAUCAAGAGCUUGUUAAAGAUAUCACGCCCAAGAAGAAUGUCCAUGAGCCUUUCUCUACUUACAAGGAUCAAAUUGGCUUUGGUUUACAUGUUGCGCUAAUAAUGUUUACUGGGUAUUUGGUUGGACAUUUUGCAUUCAGAGCAUUGUUUAACCACAGUCCCAUCAUGAGGUAUUAUUGGAUUGGUUUUUGGCAUGCUCCUUGAAACACUUUUGUUCAUAAUCAGAACUUCGGAGCCAAACGUUAAAUCCCUGUCCUCUACUUCGAGAAUGAAGAAAAAUCAAUAGACAAGUUAAGAAGAGAUAUACAAUGAGCAAAUAACAGAUUUAUUGGAUCCAUGUUGUCUAACAUCGUGUUCCAAUAUUUAUCAAAGGGUCAUUGUUGAAUUAUGGCAUUUAUCAAAGGGUCAUUAUUGGAUCCAUGAAUGAGUGAAACUCGAGCUUAUCACGGAGGAUCAGUCCUGUUAACAUGGCAGUUAUUGUUUAUUC